UCCUGCCCCUUGUUCGGUCGAGAGCUUUUGCGACUCGAGAGAUCGCGAGAAGAAAUCAAAAGAAAAGAAAGAGCUCCGCUCCUUUCAAGCAGCGGCUGUAUUGGCACCAACUAAGGGAACCCGGGUGGGAAAGUGAGCAAGAACGGCUUCAGGGGCCGGCGAGGAUUAUCUUCCGCCUUGGAGAAGCGACGCCAUUGGUCUAGCCCUCCGCCACGUGAUGCGAAGGGCUCGAGUGUUGGAAACCGGAAGGCAGGGGCUUUCGGUCCCUUCAAGUGUGCUACGGAGUGCCUGGGGAUCCUCGGGUCAAGCUGAAGCCGGGGGCGCAGUCUCCCCCCAUCCUCCAGGAUGAGGUGGGCACGCGCGGCCGUGGAGAGGCUGUGCCAGCGCGCGCGCCGGGUGGACGUCCUGCGCGAGACCUGCCGCCAGUACCCUUUGUUUUGCUGUAUCCUUUUGGGGUUCAGUGUGGCAACGCUCCUGCUCAGCCGGUAUCGUCACAUCUUAAUGAUCUUCUGGUCUUUUGUGGCGGGAUUUGUAACAUUCUAUUGUUACUUAGGACCAGAUACCCUCUUACCAAAUAUUCUGUUUACAAUAAAACAAAAAUCCAAGCAAUUAAAAUUGCAAGAACAAUCUUCCCAGAAUGGCAGUUGUGCUAUAUGUGAAGAUAUCAAAUGUAAUAGACAUGGACCUUCAUCUCUAUUAGAAGAUUAUCAGCCAUGGUUGGGCCUGAAAGUUCCUUCUAAAGUUGAUGCUUCCUUAUCAGAGAUGUUUGAGCUAGUACUAGAAAAUUUUAUUUAUCCUUGGUACAG